AUGCCCUGGCAACCGCUGCCCCGUAUCGCCUUCGCCGUCGCGACCUAUCCCUUCGAGACUAAGAACGAGAAUGAGCUUCCCUUAGAGAUCGGCGAUGAUCUAUACAUCAUCGAGGAGACGUCCGACGGCCAAUGGCUACGGGGAUAUCUAUUGGCGCCUCCCUCGCUUCUGGCCGGCUUGACUUCCGUCAAGGGCCAACCCCUCGAAGCUCGCGUCUUCUCCGGCAUAUUUCCGCGCAGCUGCGUCGAGAUACGCGAGGUCCUAGGCGACGGCGACGAGAAUUCGGAAAACAGUAGCAACUACCAAGUAGAUGAUGAUGCGCAGCCGAUUGGCAGCGACUCCGGAAAGAGCGGAGUGGCCCCGAGCACGAGAAAAUCAUACGCCAGAGAAGGGGAAAAUGGCAGUAGACCGCAUAAAUCAAACGGUAUCGCGCCAAACGGGGCCAUCUCGCGAAUUACCGAGUUGAAGAUACGCGAACCGGGCGUACCUAAGCCAGCCGCGCCGGUCCCGAUGCUGAGGCUGGGUGACGAGACGCCUACCUCUACCAUGGAGCCCUUGAUAGACGAGAUCGCGUCAUGCCUGCGCGAGUGGCACUCGACAAACUUCCACGACCUUCUCCUCACUAGGCAAUACACCAAGCUCGACAAAGUAUCCCAGCUAAUUCAGACCCUGGAUUUGUCGAGGCGGCAAUUCCUGCACAACCUACUCACAACCCGCGAAUACAAUGCGCUCCGGGAACGGACGGUCUGGGACUUGGUUAGAGGAAAUAAGCUCUGCGGAGGAGAGGUGAUCGUGCGCGAUCCUAACGAGAGAGGUCGAGUCCUAACCGGCGACGACUCUGUUGUGGAAAUCACUAAGCUGCAGUCCGUUAUGAGCUUGUUGGACGAACCCCCGCAGCCACAUGUCGAAUUGUCCGCGUUGCACCACCUAAUGGUCGAUAUCCGAAGCUUUGCUGGCUCCUCAAACGAUCCCACAACGUUGGUGCUGUACCUCGUCAGCAAAUCGGUCGGGGGAACCCUGACGACGCUCUCGGAAAGCUACAUGAUCGAGGUACCGUCCGGUGGCACGAUGGGCUACUUAACCAGGAACCCCCAGAUGCGCACUUUAUUCACCGACCUGACCUCCGCUGAUAUCGGCGACGGGCCGUCCGCGGACUCCGAGCUGUACCUGAUAGUGAAGGUCCGCUCACCGCAGCAGGUUACCGUAGGCAAGCCGGUCUCGAGGUCGGGAUCGUUCGGCCCGCCUAGCACGCCGUUCUCGAAAGACAAACCCCCUUCUUCCGGCGGUAAUAAGGCUUCCAGGAGGAGCUUGAUGUGGGGGACUACGAGAUCGGCGUUCUCUAGAGGAGGACCGAAGCUCGAUUCCCUCUCGGAGCAACCCGAAGAGCGACCAAGAACAGACGGUCUCGACAGCAGAGACGGAGCGAUGCCCCCGAGCACGGCCGGUUCAAGAGCGGCGCGCCCUUCCGUGGACGGACCGCAGCCGACGCAGAUGAUGGCGGAGAGGAUGGUGGGCAUGGGCGUGUUAAGUCUGAAUUCGAUCAUGAAACAGGACGAGGAGACGGAGCACGUGGUGACGGUAUGGUCGCCGUCCGCGAAGUUCACCGCCGAAAAGUACGACGCUACCGAAGGUUGGGACGGCAUGGUCCGCGAUCUUCUAGAAAGCAAGUCGGGCCACUACGAGAAAUCGAGAAGAGCAGAACGGUUGCAAAUUCACCUGAGGUCUUUCAACAGCCCCGACGCCGACGCUCUUAUCAAAGCGACCCCUACUUUGCUCGCCGGCAUCAGCAAGACCAACAAGAUGGGGUUCUCCGGUGCGCCGACAAAGCCUCGGUCCGAUAUCUAUGUCACGGUUACCGAAGCCCUCUUGGCCCGGCAGAACCUGAUCUCUCGUUUCGGAGCUAGCGCUACGACUAUUUCGAGUAACGUACACGGCGCAAAUCUCAUGGUUUCCAUGGAAGUUCGGCGGUUGUCGGGAGAACGAAUCGAGGAUUGCAUAUAUCCCUCCUCAAAUUCGGAGCCGAUGAGCACGUGGCGCUCGUUCGCCGUAGAGCGCGGCGAACAUUGGGACCAGACUCUUCGGUUGUCGCUAUUGCCUGCCGAUGUCAGCAUGGCGCACGUCGUCUUGACCGUUUCUGACUUGCCUAGCACGCCAUUUGCGAUUGCUUACAUGCCAUUAUGGGACCAGCAGGCGUUCUUGGGUGACGGCAUGCAUUCUCUCCUCCUCUACAAGCUCGACGAAUAUACGCAGACAGCGCAGGCCGGGCCGGCAGGCAGAGGUGGAUAUUUGACUCUUCCUUGGAGCGCUCGCAGCGACUCUAGCGAAGUUACCGGUCCGCUCGCGACGCUUCGAAUCGAAACGUACCUUUGCAGCACGAGAUUCUCGCAGGACCGAAUCAUUCUUGGCUUGCUGAAAUGGAAAGAGGGUCCCAGGGAUGAGAUUCCGUCCUUAUUGAAGCAGCUGAUAUUUGUGCCCGAGAUCGAGGUUGUCAAACUGUUGAGCGAUGUCCUGGAUGGCCUUUUCGGUAUUCUAGUUGAAUACCAAGGCAACGACGAGUACGAAGACCUCGUUUUCACGGCCCUCGUCAGAGUCCUGGGCAUAGUCCACGACCGUCGGUUCAACUUGGGCCCCUUGGUCGACCACUACGCCGAAAACAAAUUCAACUACCCUUUCGCUACGCCUUGCCUUGUGAGAUCCUUUACGCGACUACUGACGAAGCCGACCGAAUCAGAGACCGCGCGAAAACUGAGAGCCACCCUUAAAGUCGUGCGCCAUAUUCUGAAGUUCAUCACGCACGCGAGAGGUCAGCAAAAGGUCAAGGAAGCCGGUAUUGGUAUUACGGGUAGCACUGCCGGCUUUACGCGACACCUGCAGAGCAUCUUCAAGGCUCUCGACUCGAUGAUGCGAAGCACCGCGCCGGUCCUGGUCGGGAGCCAGACGUUGGCGGUGCAGCAUUUCCACACCUGGUUACCCGAGCUCACGGGGUUGCUUACGACCGAGGAGAUUCUUCACAUCGCUAUCGACUUUAUGGAUUCGUGCGCUCUAGUCAAGGGCAAACUGGUAUUGUACAAGCUCGUACUGAUAAUCAACUAUUCUAAGCUAGAUCUCUUCUCCGGCCCAGAGCAACGAUCCGCCCUCAGUGCCAAUACCGUGAGGUGGAUCGCGCCGCAUUGGGGACAAGUAGAAGAAGUCACAGAGCAAUGGAAAGAGCAGGUGCGCCUCUGCUGCUCGGUUCUAUCUAGUCAGGUCGAUCAUCUCAAUGCCGAGAUCCCGGACUACAUCCCGAAGAUCGUAGGGUCGUAUCUGUCUAUUCAAGCUACCGAGCUAAAGCCAAAGAACCGAUUCUCGCUCCUCUUCCCCGCGACCUAUCCGUUUCCCAGCAAGCAGAUAUCAGGCGAUGCCGUGCAGUUUGACGAGGCCUUGAUAGAGUUGUCGGCGAUCCUAUCAGCGCUCGCGAACUCGCCGAGCGGGAUGCAGCUCGAACUGGCGGCGGACGACCUUACGAGCCUCCUAAAGGAUACUCUAAACGUGUACCUGAGCAUUCUCCAGGGAGAAGCCUUCCCGUCGAGCUGGCUCAGCGUGUACAUAUACCACCACAAGUCUACCAUGAGGACGUUGCAGUAUCUUGCUAGCAUCCUCCUGGAAUCUUUCUUGCCUCACCCCGACGAAGCGGAAGACUUCGACACCGAGCUAUGGCGGAUGUUCUUCUGCACGUUGCUCAAGCUCGUAGGUAGCGGACACUUAGCGCUCGAAACAUUUUCGGAGCAGAAGCGAAGAGCGGUUUGGAAAAUUGCCGGCGACGUCAGAGAACAUGGUGCCGACUUGCUGAGACGAACCUGGGAAGCUAUCGGGUGGGAGACGAGCCCCGACGAGCGAAUGCGAUACGGACUGACGAAGAUGGGAGGUUACCAAGUCCAGUACGUGCCUACGCUGGUCGGUCCCAUAGUCGAGCUCUGCUUGAGCGUCCACGAAGGCCUUAGGAGAAUGGCCGUGGAGGUACUCCAGACUAUGAUCGUUAGCGAAUGGACACUGAGCGAGGACCUCUCCGUCAUACAGACGGAGAUGAUCGACUGCCUGGACGGAUUUUUCAAGGAUAAAACCAUGACGGAGAGCAUCUUGCAAAAGCUGUUCGUUAGCGAGCUUCUCGAACGAUUCGAGCCGCUCUCUCAUAUCCCGGGGGAUCCACUAUAUUCUGCGCUGAAGGGUCUCAUCGAAACCAUCGCCGAAUUCCUAGACCUCCUCGUCGCGGUUCACAGCGGCGACACCACGAGCGAGGCUUCUCACCUGAUUAAUCGCUUGCAGCUCAUGGAGUUCCUCAGAGAUAUGCAAAAGGAGGAGAUAUUCAUCCGCUACGUCCAUCAGCUGGCCGCGUUACAGUCCGACGCCAGGAAUCACACCGAAGCCGGGCUAGCCCUUCGCCUCCACGCUGAGCUUUACGAUUGGGACCCGUCGAGAUUGACGGGCUCCCUAACGGAUCCGGACCUUCCAGAGCAGUCGCAUUUCGAGCGCAAGGAGCGCAUCUAUUUCGACAUGAUCAAGCACUUCGAGGACGGGGAAGCGUGGAGCAGCGCCCUCGCCGCUUACAAGGAACUUCAGGCUCAAUACGAGAACAACGUCUUCGACUUCGCUAAACUUGCGAGGACCGAAAGAGCCAUCGCGACAAUCUACGAAAAGCUAGCCAAGGGCGAUAAGCUCGUACCUAAGUACUUUAAGGUUGUUUACAAAGGUCUCGGUUUCCCCCUGAAUCUGCGCGACAAGGCAUUCGUGUACGAGGGUUCGCCGACGGAGCGUACGUCGGCUUUUACAGAUCGUAUGCAGGAGCAGUACCCGGCCGCUCAGAUCCUCACAUCUAGCGACGUCGACAGCGAGGUCGAGGGCCAGUACCUCGUGAUCUCGGCUCUCAGCCCGCAUCGCGACCUCGGCCACCAGGUGUUCCAGCGGGCUAGGGUCCCGCAGCCUAUCCGAGAUUAUCUGCUCUCCGCCCACGCCCAAAUGUUCUCGGUGUCUUCUAAGCGCAGCACUAACGGUCCCGUCGAAACCCACUUCGCCGAAAAGACGGUUUAUACCGCAGCCGAGCCCUUCCCUACGAUCCUGCGACGCAGCGAGAUCGUGAAAGUCAGUACUAUACGACUGAGCGCUAAGGAGACGGCCCUCGAGCGCAUCGUCCGCAAGACGCAGGAAAUGACGACGGUCGAGAAGCGGCUAGCCGAAGACGACGACGAAGAGAUCGCGCAGCUCAUGGUAGACGCCAUCGCCAUCUCGGUCGACCCCUCCUCGGAGAGCAGCGUUGCCUGCUACCGCCAACUUCUGCCCGUCCCCCAAUCCGAGGACGAGGACGAGCCGGAACUCGACCCGCAAGAAAACGCGAUCAAGAUGGCGCUCGUCGACCACGCGAUCAUGAUCAAGAGGUGUUUGACGAGCUUUUCUCGCAGCUCAAACCCCGUCCUCCUGAAGGGAUACGAGGACUCUUAUAAACACUUCUUGUCGACAUUCGCGCCGGAGAUCGCAAUAUUUGCGCCCGUUCAACCAUCCCGGGAAACCGCUACCAAUACGCCGUCGCCAACUUGGCAACGGGGCUCUCCCACCAGCGAAAGCCAUCCCCAGGAGCAUAAGCCCAGCGCCUCGCUAACAAACGGUACCGGCAUCGUGGAAGAAGCGGCGGCGCAGCCCAUCUCUAUGAGGCAACGCGGGACGCGACUCAGCUUCUUGGGCGGCAAGAAGAAGGAUUCUCAACAGCUGAACGGCGACGCGACAAAUCUGCAACAGCCAAAGGCUGACAGCGAUUCUAAUAGCCAAGUAAGCAAAGGCAAGGAUAACUCGAACCGAAGGAGCAUAUUCCGCAGCCAGUCAAAUGACACGAAUACCAGCUCGAAUCAAUACGCCCAACCCUACCCAAACGGAAUCGUGGACCCAACCACGCCGGAUUGGGUGAUGGACCGGUCGCGCAAAAGUAAAGAGAUAGUCGACGUCGUCGAGAGGGACUUCGAUAGGCCUAACGACGGCGGGAUAGGGUUCAAUUCGGUCAGAAAGAGGCUAAGCAUGUUAAAGCUAGGAAAGAAACCGAGCAAGCCGAACGGCUUCUUCAUGGGAGGGGUAAACGAGGAGCCCUAG